AUCCAAAAUCGGAUGACGAAUCAAUUUAUAAAUGAUUGCUUAAUUACAUAUUCAUCGGAAAGGGUCUGAGCUUUAACCUAAGUGGCGAAUCUAUUUUAUAAAUUGUUUUCAGAAUAUGAAAACAAGAGAGGAAAUUGAGUAGUUUUAUUAUGGCAGUAUACUAACAUUAAUAUUAAAUUGUUUUUGUUUAAUUUUCUGAAAUCAUAGUUAACUUGAAGGAAAUAUUGACCAAUUGAGAAAUGUACGGGAUUAGUUGGAAAUAAUAUAUUUGAUCUUAACCAUUGGAUCAAAUUCAAUUCAAAGACUGCGCGCUAUGGAACGUAUCCUAGGUAUCACGACUGAAGUCAGAAAAAUAAAGGAUCCUUGAAUCACAGGGCUAUCCCUGAAUGUUCAGAAUAUUCUUAGGGUUUAGAAGUUUAAGCUAGGUACGUCACUGUUUUAAAUUUUAAUUAACAUAUAUUUUCUCACCUGAAUCAGUCUCCAAUUCCAAAUAAAAAGGCCUUAAAUAAAUAAUUAGCUCCUUCUCUUCCCCUUGAACAACUACGUACAUACAUACUAUAAAUAAAUUCACAAUGAUACACAUAAUAUAUAUUCAGCAAAACUGAUCAAUUACGUAACUAAACAAAACCUGCAGCUGGAGUAGCAGCGUUACUGAUCGAAGCUGCUACGGCCUACGAUGUCGACGACGACGACGUCGUCUGACCAGCCUAAUUGCUUUCUCAGAUUCGGCGACCGAUGCCCGACUAAUACGAACUGGAAAUUCGUAUUCGGCUGUGUAGGGCUCCCGAUUGGGCUCAUUUUACUAUUCAAAUUUUGGGGCAGCAGGCAACCACAGCCGCCGCCGCCACGCGUCGAGCAGGGAAAAAGGAGGCCGGCGGCAAGGCGCACCACCGGUGUCGUAGGUUACACAGUUGAGGUUUUCCGCAAGAGUAACAGGGUGGCGGCAGUGGAAUGUGCAAUUUGCUUGAGGGAGUUGCAUUAUGAUGAUAAACUCAUCAUUGUGACGGCGUGCCGCCAUUUUUACCACCGAGCUUGCCUUAACAGUUGGCUGGCCAAAAAGAGAAGUUGCCCUCUUUGUCGUGCCCCCGUUGGGCCAUAAAUCAAUUUGUUACCUGCUGCACCACUACUGCUUACUUUUCUUCCUUACUUAGUUGCCUUUUCUCUUGGUACGAUUUCGCCUUCUGUUCUAUAACUAUUCCAGCCAACUUUACUAUAUGUACAUAUUGGUCGUCAUAAUUUUAAUGCGAUGAUGGAUAGUUUUUCUGUAACAUGAGAUAAAGUCGUUGCUUAAGCAUGGUUUCAUAAAUUAUUUUUUAUGAAUGAGCAUUUUAUUCAUAUUUUAUUUCCUUUAAGGGUUAGCUUAAUUUUGAUUUGUGUGAGGGUGAGUGUGACAUUAUUAUGUAACAAUAACCGUUGCAAAAUGUCAUUAUAUAGUGCGUAGUAUCUUCAAAUCAACCAAUUAUCAAAUAUCCUUCAUAAAAAAACUAAUUAUCAAAUAUGAUGUCAAAUUAGUUAAAGUCGUACAACAUGAUUUUAUUUCAUUUAAAGCACACUUGGAUGAUGGUAGAAUGUGACUUUAAUUUCUUGAAAAAAUAUGAAAGUGAGAUAAUCAAUUGUUCAUUUUAGCGUAAAUGAGCACCAAGAGGUUUGGAAAUUCAUACAUAUUUCGUGCGAUUAGAAUAGUGUACAAACAUAACACUUCAUGAAUCAUGAUUAUGUUUUGUGUUUCUCUUUAUUAUUUUAAGUUUGUAUUAACUCUUACAAGACAACCAUCUAUUUUAUGUAAGUUGUAUCAAGGGGUGGAGAUCCAUAAUUAACAUCCAUCACGUCCCAUUUUUUUUUUUUUUUGGUUAAGUGCCAAAAAUGCGAGGGUCGGCUAAUGGCAUGUACUCACAACCCCAUGAUUUAAUUAAAAUAAGGUCAUGUAAAUAUAAGUUUAUUGUCAGAAGAAAAUAAAAUUUUAGUGAUAAUAUGAUUUAUUUUAGUGCUUAAUUAAUGGCAGCCGCGAAGAAAAUAGAAGGCACUUGGACCCCACUUAUGGCUGAGGCUAUGGCGGCUGACUCUGGAGUUCAACAGUUUAGUUUCAGUGCAGUAAAAGCACGUACAAACAUGGAGAAAUUUUACAAUGCUAUAUAGUAUUGGUGCUAUAGGGUUUUGUUUUUAUGGUACAACUUAAAAUUAUACAUUUAUGUUAUGGUACAACUUCAGAUUGUACCUAUACUUUUUGUACAAACUCUUUUAUGGUACAACUUGAACUUGUACCUUUAUAUGAUGGUACAAGUUGUAAAGUUGUACCAUAACAUAAUGGUACAAAUUGUUUUAUGGUACAACAUAAACUUAUACAUUUAAU